AUGGGAUUUUUUACAUUUCAAGGCUACAACAAGGUUGGAGACAACAGUGCAGUGAAUUUGUUACCUGUAUUAGCUGAACAAAUAGAAGAGGGUCUCCGUUACCCUUUACUUGAUGAAGAAGGAGAUGUGAACAUUGCCAGAUUUCUUCCAUACAACGCGAAGCUCGAUAGUGACACUUUUCGAUUUCUUUGGAAGAAAAUGCAAGAAAAAGGCUGUGUAACGAUGUUCAACGAUGAUCUAAUGCACUCGACUCGUGGAUUGUUUCAUUAUCCAGCGAGUGCUUUCCGGAAAGGAUUUCGGGUUUCUCCAACGACCCACUAUUAUCGCCCAUAUUACCUAGAAAUCUACGCGGCACUUUUGGAUGUACCAAAAGCUUGCCUUAAAGGAGACUUUUUACACGGAGAAUUUCUGGAUAUUUGGUAUCGAUUUAUCACUACUUAUAAAGACAAAUGUCACUUCAGUUUCAGUUUUUUGACAAGUCUCACCCACGAUAAACCGAACAAUAUCCAAUUGAUUGAUGAUGUUCUAAGCGAUCGCCUCCGAUUACUUGAGGAAUCUGGUGCUCUCAACAAUACAUUUCUAAUAAUUAUGGGUGAUCACGGAAAUCGUGUGUCUGUGAUGAGCAGAUCAUUUGCUGGGAAAAUAGAAGAGCGACAACCUCUUUUAUCUGUGCGACUACCUCCUGGUUUCGCUGACGCGUAUCCGCAGGCCUUACGCAUUUUAAGGGAUAAUACGCAACGUUUUAUCUCGAAUUUUGACGUGCAUGAGACGUUACUGGAUAUCAUUGACAAUCGUUUUGAACAGCACCGACCCGUCAAAAGAGGAGCAAGCCUUUUUGUCCCUAUUCGAACGAAUAGGUCCUGUGUAGACAACAAUGUCGCUCGAAACUUCUGUCUCUGUAUGACACCAGAACCCCAAAAUGAACGUAAGCUCCUUUCAACCGACUUUUAUGAGCGCUGAAC